AUGAGCAGCAAGCAACAAAAAGUCACGGGAACAGCUGAGCGCUUGGUUGGGACACUGCUGGAGCCACAGGCCCUGCAGCACUCAGGUGGGGCCAGGAGUGAGGGGCACUCAGGUGUCGCCCAGUGCCUUCAGCAGCACCAACACGCCGGGUUCCAGCGGGGCUGCGUCCGGCACCGGGCCCCUCACCCUGCGCUGGCUGCAAGAGCCUCCGCCCUGCUGCCUGGGUGCCCUCAGCCCCGGUGGGGUGUGAUGGCAUCACAGAGGGUGGCACGGAACGGCCAUUGUGACCUGCGGGGUGCGGAACAGAGCCAAGGCUGCGGGGCCCAGGCCGAGCUCAGUGCGACUUGGUUGUCACGCGGAGGAGAAAGCCUGGUUUUGCUGGGACAGACACUCUGCGAGUGCUCGCCGUUGAUGCACAUGAUGUCCAAGGGGACAAAGAAGCCUGCCAGCUCAUGGCAGAUGGGUGAAACUUGCGUGCUCUGUGGUCAGGGAGAUGCUGACAAAGACAUCUAUGGGCGCAAACUGAUCAUCAGUGGGAUCUAUUUCCACCAGUUUUGUGCACUGUUUGUGGGUGGCCUUCUUCAAGGAGCAGCAAGACAGAAGAGAAAUGAUGAUUUAAGCAGGGUUGAGAUUAUACGCACAAUCGUGCAGGCAGAGCAGACGCUCUGCUUCGUCUGUGGCAAUGUGGGGGCCUUCAUCACCUGCGCAGAGCCGGGCUGCGACCGCAGCUUCCAUCUCUCCUGCGCUUCCAAGGGUGAAUGCGUCACCCAGUACUUUGGAGAGUACAGGUCCUUCUGCAUGGAGCAUUGCCCACAGCAGGCACUGAAGGCAGCGCCGGCGCAGGACACGACCUGCAUCAUCUGCAUGGACCCCGUGGGGGACAGCGUGUCCUACAGCACCAUGGUGUGCCCAGCCUGCCAACACGCCUGGUUCCACCGGGCUUGCAUCCAGGUGGGAGCCCUUCCUCACCCCAUGAGCACGGCAGGUGCUCAGCAGCACCAGGCCUGGCUCACACUCACCCUUCUGUUUCUGCUGCAGAGACGGGCCCUGUGUGCGGGCAUUACUUUGCAUUGUCCACACUGCAAAGACGAGGAGGAAUUUUUUGACUAUAUGAACGCCAUGGGGAUCCAUAUCCCAUCCAGAGGACCAAUAUGGGACAACAAUUCAUACGUACAAGAGGCAGACAAGCACAAGCGCUGCGAUGCCAGGGAGUGCCGUUACCCCCACGGCAGGGACCAAGCAGGAGAGGGGCCCUGGCAGCUGCUCGUCUGCAGCUCCUGUGCUGCGCGAGGCACCCAUCGGCGCUGUUCCUACUUGAGCCUGAGCACAAAGGCCUGGGAGUGCAACGCCUGUGCUGGAGAGGGCACCUCCUCCAGCAGCAAUGUGGACAGCGCUGGCCCCAGCACUGACACCCAACAGGGACACGGGCCUCUCCAAGGCCCUGUGACAUCCCAGAUGAGCAGCAGCUCCAGCAUCACCAGCCAGGCACCAUCGGGGUCGGCUCACAGUUCCAAGGUGCCUGAGAGCAGAGGCCUGUCCAGCCAGCGCAGGAUAAAAUGGAAGAGAAUGUGCUCACGUUUACAUCGCGUUGACGAUGCAUGCAACGAGCUCCAAGGAUGCUAUGCGAGCAGCUGUGCUGCAGCCCCAAGUACCAAAAGCAGCACCCCGACCUCUGCCAGCCAAGGGACAUCUCGGUCCUCGAGGCACUCCUGA